GGAGCGGACGGACCAUCAGGGAAAGGGUGGGGAGGGAGAAGGUGGUGUUUUAGUCGUGUUGUAGAGCUGAAUCUGUGUUUUCGAUGGAAGAACAAGACCAAAUGCAGAGCUCCAUAGAAGUAGAAGAAGUAGAAGAACAACAACGAGAAGGAAAACGUUUGGAGGAAGAGAAUGUAGUGCGAUUUCUUGAUUCGUUGGAUAGUUACGUAACCCUGUUAGAUUCAUUGUCCUCGACACUCCGUCAGGGAUGGCUGGAAUUGGCCAGUGCUCGACAAUCCAUGGGUGCGUCACGAAUCAAUGGUGCUUUGUUGGACCUGAAAUCCCACUCUGCUGCUACAUCGUUGCAAGUAACUCAUCAUGAUGAUGAAAUUUUGAACCAACCACAUUUUACAUUGUGCAAAUGGGCAUCCUCUAAAAAUGGAUAUGGAGACGAAAAGCUCAGGGAGAACAAAUUGCAGACGAACUCUGAUGGUCCACAGCUUAGACACCGAUCCCAGUUUGCUGGAACUCCAGAGAAAAUUCCAGAAACAAAGGGAGCCCCUCUUAUAGUCGAUGAUCAAGUUCAAAAGGAGCGAACUAAAUCACUAUCAAUGUUUGGGACUUUGGUUUCCCCAAAGCUUCGAGCUGCUCAACUUUCAUUUGAGACAGCUCUGGAGACACUUGUAGAAAUAGCAAAUGUGCGUUUGACAAUGCUUUCCACUUCUGACCAAGUCCGUAAAGAACUGGAAGGCACCGAGGGAUGACAAGAGAAGGUCUAUAAAACCCUAUUUGCUUAGAUGCAUCACUCCGGCAUGGUCUCUCUCACAACUCAACCAGGCAAUAUACUUUUAACAAAAUAGCAGCAGUGUCAGAGUGGGUCUAAUGUAACAAUGAUACCAUGAUGAUUAUGCUUGCUUUUAAUCUUUGCAUCCAGCUUUUGAAUUCAGAAAUGGAAAAUAAAAAAUCUAGUACCAAUAGGUUCUGUAUUACCUAAAGGUUUUCAUUUGAUCAUGCUUA